AUGGAAUGGGGAGAAAAGGGGAAAAAGAAAGAAGGGGAUAAGAGAAAGAGGGGAAAGAAAAUGGUGAAAAGAGAGAAACUCUACGGGGAGCCUACUCAACGCACCGCCAGGCAACUUCAACGGGACGCAGUCAAAUCAGCCAAGCUUACCAACCACCUCACCUUCCUCAAACGCUGCCGCGACUCCGACAUCAUCCCGCCAGGACUUCAACUAAAGUCUUCCGUUGACACCCCGAAAGCCAGACGCAUCCUGCACCAAGCCAGCUUAGACCUUACUCGUGAACGCAUCGCACGCACCCGACACCAACUCCACGAUCUUAACUCAAGCAUCGCUUCCAUUCAAACCCAACUUAGCCGACAACUCAAGCCAGACGACCUAGACAAAGUUCAGGCAUUCAACAACUACACAUCUCGCAAAGCCUUCCAGUCCACCAAACUGAAGCAAAUCAACAAGUUCGACCGACUCCACUCCCGCAAGCCUACACAAGCCCACCAACAACCUUCGACCGAAGCAACCAAGGACACCGUAAUCAACCUUAGCCGACACCAACUUACCCAAGCCGAACACAAAGUACUCUCCCUCGGACUCAACUUCGCCGUGGCUCCUAAGAAGAUCCCUUUCUCCGACAUAUAG